AUGACUACCUAUGAGGAGUUCAUCCAGCAAAACGAAGAUCGUGACGGCGUACGCCUUACAUGGAAUGUUUGGCCAUCAAGUCGCAUCGAUGCCAGCCGCCUGGUCGUCCCGCUUGCGUGUCUCUAUCAACCCAUCAAGGAGCGUCCCGACUUGCCACCGAUACAAUAUGAGCCGGUGCUGUGCACGCGCAGCAAUUGCCGCGCCAUAUUGAAUCCAUUGUGCCAAGUUGACUAUCGUGCCAAGCUUUGGGUGUGCAACUUUUGCUUUCAACGCAACCCCUUUCCUCCACAAUAUGCAGCCAUAUCGGAGCAACAUCAGCCCGCCGAGCUGAUACCUGGCUUCAGCACCAUUGAAUACACCAUCGCCAGGGCGGCCACAAUGCCGCCAGUAUUUAUAUUCCUGGUAGAUACUUGCAUGGAUGAGGAGGAGCUGGACGCUCUGAAGGACUCACUGCAAAUGUCGCUGAGCUUACUGCCGCCCAAUGCUCUCGUGGGCCUCAUUACCUUCGGCAAGAUGAUUCAGGUGCACGAGCUGGGCACUGAUGGCUGCUCCAAGAGCUAUGUGUUCCGAGGCACCAAGGAUCUGACGGCCAAGCAAGUCCACGAUAUGCUGGGCAUUGGACGCGGUGGGGUGGCACCRACGCCACAUCAGCAGCAGCAGCAACCAGGUCAGCCGGGUCAGAUGCCAAAUGCGCCGGGCGUAGGGGGGGCCGGACAACAUUUGCCACCCGCUCAUCGCUUUCUGCAGCCGAUCAGCCAGUGCGACACGGCACUGGGUGAUCUGCUGAGCGAAUUGCAACGCGACCCUUGGCCGGUGCCGCAGGGCAAGCGCUAUCUGCGCUCCACAGGCGCCGCACUUUCGAUUGCGGUUGGUCUGCUGGAGUGCACGUACCCGAAUACGGGCGGUCGGAUCAUGACCUUUGUGGGUGGCCCUUGCUCCCAGGGCCCCGGCCAAGUGGUUGACGAUGAACUCAAGCAUCCCAUACGUUCCCAUCAUGACAUACACAAGGACAAUGCCAAAUAUAUGAAGAAAGCGAUCAAACAUUACGAUGCCCUGGCCUUGCGGGCGGCUACCAAUGGCCAUGGCAUCGAUAUAUACUCGUGCGCGCUCGACCAGACCGGCCUCAUGGAGAUGAAACAGCUGUGCAACUCCACAGGCGGUCACAUGGUCAUGGGCGACUCAUUCAAUUCGUCGCUCUUCAAGCAGACAUUCCAGCGCGUGUUUGCGCGCGAUUCGCGAAACGAUCUAAAGAUGGCAUUCAAUGCCACGCUCGAGGUGAAGUGCUCGCGCGAGCUGAAAAUCUCUGGCGGGAUUGGCUCGUGUGUGUCGCUGAAUGUGAAGAGCCCGUCGGUGUCGGAUGUGGAGAUCGGCAUGGGCAAUACAGUGCAAUGGAAAUUGUGUGCAUUCAAUCCCAGCUCCACUGUCGCCUUCUUCUUCGAGGUGGUCAACCAGCAUGCGGCGCCCAUACCACAAGGCGGACGCGGCUGCAUACAGUUCAUCACCCAAUACCAGCAUCCAAGCGGUCAGCGGCGCAUACGCGUCACCACACUGGCCAGAAACUGGGCGGAUGCCAACACCAAUGUGCAGCACAUCAGCGCAGGCUUCGAUCAGGAGGCGGCUGCGGUGCUGAUGGCACGCAUGGUUGUCUACCGCGCCGAAACAGACGAGGGGCCGGACAUCUUGCGCUGGGUGGAUCGCCAGCUGAUUCGCUUGUGCCAGAAGUUUGGCGAGUAUUCCAAGGAUGAUCCGAACAGUUUCCGUCUGUCGCCCACGUUCAGCCUCUUUCCGCAGUUCAUGUACCAUUUGCGCCGUUCGCAGUUCCUGCAGGUCUUCAACAAUUCGCCCGAUGAGACCACAUUCUAUCGACACAUGCUAAUGCGCGAGGACCUCACACAGUCCUUGAUCAUGAUACAGCCCAUUCUUUAUAGCUAUUCGUUUAAUGGGCCGCCGGAGCCGGUGCUGCUAGAUACCGCUUCGAUUCAAGCGGAUCGCAUACUGCUGAUGGACACAUUCUUCCAGAUACUCAUCUAUCACGGCGAGACGAUUGCCCAAUGGCGUGCGCUCAAAUAUCAGGAUAUGCCCGAGUAUGAGAACUUCAAGCAGCUGCUGCAGGCGCCAGUUGACGAUGCCCAGGAGAUUCUGCAGACGCGUUUCCCCAUGCCCCGUUACAUUGACACCGAGCAUGGCGGCUCGCAGGCCCGCUUCCUGCUCUCCAAAGUCAAUCCCUCGCAGACGCAUAACAACAUGUAUGCCUAUGGCCAGGCGCCAAUCGGUCAGACGACGGAUGGCGGCGCUCCCGUGCUCACGGAUGAUGUCUCGCUGCAGCUGUUCAUGGAGCAUCUGAAGAAAUUGGCCGUCUCCUCGACCACAUAGAUAGCACCUGGCAUGGAUCCUGGCUAGACUUAUUAGUUAUAUACAUAUAUAUUAUAUAUUUUAACCACAUCUAUUUGUGCAGUUACCGCCUGGUUAGACCACUACUACAAUAAACCACAUUCAUACAUA